CACGACGUCUGGGGCUGUAUCCCAAGCUCAAGCACCCUGUAUCCCUCUGCCCCUGAAGUCUGAAAGUUUCGGGGCACAUGGAAGUGGUGGGAAGGUGCUGGAAGACUGUCAGGGGUUCAGUAACGUACAGGGUGCUCCUGCUAGCCCAGUGGAGCAGCACUGUAGCUCAGGGAGCAGAUACUACUCCUGCUAUUGAGUAGGACGUUUAUUUGAUGAGGAGACUGAGAAAGCCUUUAGAAAAGAAUUGGAGUGAGAAAACAUGCCUGGAGGGAAGCCUGGGCUGAGAUUCUCCUUUUUGUUCAUCCAGCAGCCCAAGGACCUUGUUGGCUUUUCCAACUCAAUCAGGACACAAUUCAGUGUGGCACGGGUGGGGGUGCCACGCUCUUUCAUGCUGAGCCAGGAAAGGCCAUGCAAGCCAGGGGUCUGCGUGGCAGCCCCAGCAGGAGUUGCAGAUUAAAGCUGUUCUACAAUAGUCUGGUCUUGCUCCUCUUCUGAGGAUUGAUUUCUUAAUGUAUGUGCACGAGCAAGCAAUUACCUGUGAGGAUAGGAAGAUGUUACUGUGCGGACCCUUUGCAGCAUUAAAAGCAAAUCUGGUCCAGGUUUGCUUAUAAACAGGUGAGUGCAUGGACAUACAACCACGUUUGGUUGUUGGGAAGAGCUGCUCCUGGCAGUAGAUGACACCUACCAGAAUGGGCAUGUCACUGCUCCUACACACCCAUAGUGGAAGCAGGAAGACACCUCUGCUCCCCAGAACCAGGGGACCAUCAGGCAGCCGUGGCUGUGCUCAUGCCAGCCCCAAGGCUGGACCCAGUGAGAAGACCCACCGCUGUUGUCAGAGUUGACUGCGCGCGAAGCAACUGAAGUCUGGAAGCAUCCCAGCUUUACCAAGCCCCCGAAGCCAGUAUGGGGUGCCUGAAAACUGCAAGACAUAAAAAUAACCCUAAACAAAAGUUGCUUUAAGCACCUCAUAUCUGAGAAACGCAGAAGAAAACUGCUAUAAAAAGUGUCACACAGGGGAUUCUUCGAUUGUUGGUACGCUUCUUCGAGCUGUCUUUAAAAAAGAAGAAGGAAAACCAUCAAUUAUGUAAGAAAACUCGGCUCUCCUCCCGGUGAGUGACAAAGCGGGUUCCCCCUGGGACCUGGCAGAUCAGGCAGCAGCCGGUGCUGCUCUGCCCGGGCCACUUUGCGUUUUUAAAGCCACUUGCAAGGCGCCAGCGGGGAGCGGCUGCGGCCGCCCGGGCCGGGGGUGCGGGGCCGCGGCUGGGGCUCCCCCCGCCCGCCCCGUCCAGCCGCAGCGAGGGCUUUUCUUGGCGAAAACCUGCGAUUCCGGCGUUCCUCGGGAAUGAAAGAAAGUGACAUGUUGGGAAGGGAGGGGGGGGGGUGGGGGGGUGGAGAGGAGGAAGGGCUGUCCCUGGGCCUGCAGGGCGGGAUCUUUUCUCCUGCUUGAUCUAUGGAGCCCGCCCCCUUAAAUUGGCUCCCGGGAGCGCCCCGUCCACCAGCCCGACGGGGGGAGAGGCGGAAAGCGAGGGAGAGCAGGCAGGCGGGCGGGCGGCCGGCUCCCCUGUCCCGGCCCGUCGGUCCCGGCCCGUCCGCCCCCGCGCACCAUGCGCGGCCCCCGGCGCCCCGCGCCCCGCCGGCCCGCCCGCCCCUAACGCCGCCCGGCUCCAGCGCCUUUCCCCGGCAGCGCACCGGGGGGCGGGGAGGGGGGAAAAAAAGGGGCGGAAAAAAAAAAACCCAAAACAAAAAACCCGCACAAAAAAGCCAACAAAAAAAAAGGGGGGGGGGGGAAGGGAGGAAAAAGGAGGAGGAAAAGAAGAGCCCGAGGAAAGCGGGGGAAGGCUGCUCUCCUCCCAGGACAGCGCGCAGCACCAUGCAGCUGGCGCCGCUGGCGCUGGCACUCACCACGCUCUUCAUCGACGGCUUGAGGAUAGGAGCGAGAAGGCAGAAGCUGCACCCCAGGCAAGCCAAGCUGCUGGAGAAGCUCAACGAGUACGAGAUCGUGACUCCUACCCGGGUGAAUGAGUUUGGCCAGCCCUUCCCCACCGAUGUCCACUUCAGGCGGCGGCGGCGGAGCACCAGCGCUGCCCCCGACGCCUGGACGGCAGCAGCCGCCGCCUCCCCCAAGGCGCACUACAGGCUCUCCGCCUUCGGGCAGCAGUUCCUCUUCAACCUGACGGCCAGCUCGGCCUUCAUCGCCCCGCUCUUCACCGUCAGCCUCCUGGGAGAGCCCGCCGCCGACCAGCGGCGCCUCUACGCCGAGGCGGCGGACGCCGACGUGAAGCAUUGCUUCUACCGGGGGCACGUCAACGCCCGCCCGCGGCACACCGCCGUCAUCAGCCUCUGCUCCGGGAUGCUAGGCACAUUCAAGACUGAUGAUGGUGACUAUUUCGUAGAGCCGUUGCUAUCACUUGAAGAACAGGAGUACGAAGAAGAGCACAAUAAACCACAUCUGGUCUACCGACACCGGACGCCUCCAACCAACUCUUCAGGGGACAGGCAGAUUUGCGAUACUCCAGAUCAUGAACACAGUCACAAAAAGAACAAGCGGAAACACUGGAGAAGGCAGUGGGCAGAAGGCAGCCUAUUAUCUGACGUGGAGAUGUUGAAACACAGCGUGGAAGUGAACUCACUUUCUGCGGAUAGCAACAAGACUGGGAACAUCAGUGAAAAGAAGAGCCACAAACGAACAAAGCGGUUUCUGUCCUACCCUCGGUUUGUGGAAGUGAUGGUGGUGGCUGACAGCAGGAUGGUCGCCUACCACGGAGCUAAUCUACAGCACUAUGUCUUAACGUUAAUGUCAAUUGUGGCUUCUAUCUACAAAGAUCCAAGCAUUGGAAAUUUAAUUAAUAUCGUUAUCGUGAAAUUGGUCGUGAUACAUAACGAACAGGAUGGCCCUGCAAUAUCUUACAAUGCCCAGACAACGUUAAAAAACUUCUGCCAAUGGCAGCAAUCCCAGAACCACCCUGAAGGAAGUCACCUUCAACACGAUACAGCCGUGCUCGUUACCAGACAGGAUAUUUGUAGAGCGCACGACAAAUGUGAUACUCUGGGUCUGGCGGAGCUGGGCACAGUCUGUGACCCAUACAGGAGCUGUUCAAUUAGUGAAGAUAACGGUCUGAGCACUGCUUUCACAAUAGCACAUGAACUUGGCCAUGUAUUUAACAUGCCACAUGAUGACAAUCAUAAGUGUAAAGAAGAUGGAGGUAAAAAUCAACAGCAUGUCAUGGCGCCAACACUGAACUUCUACACCAAUCCCUGGAUGUGGUCAAAAUGCAGUAGGAAAUACAUCACUGAAUUUCUGGACACUGGUUAUGGGGAGUGUUUGCUUGAUGAACCUUCAUCAAGAACUUACACGUUGCCUCAGCAGCUCCCGGGGCUGAUUUAUGAUGUCAACAAACAAUGUGAGUUAAUUUUUGGCCCCGGAUCCCAAGUGUGCCCGUAUAUGAUGCAGUGUCGGCGACUUUGGUGUAUUAACAUCGAUGGUGCGCACAAGGGAUGUCGUACUCAACACACGCCUUGGGCUGAUGGGACAGAAUGUGAACCUGGAAAGCACUGCCGGUUUGGGAUGUGCGUGCCGAAAGAGCGAGAGGCGCCGGUGAUAGACGGAGCGUGGGGGACGUGGAGCCCUUUCGGGACCUGCUCGAGAACCUGUGGCGGCGGCAUAAAGACGGCGAUACGAGAGUGCAACAGGCCCGAGCCUAAAAACGGUGGGAAAUACUGCGUGGGUCGUCGCAUGAAGUUUAAAUCCUGCAACACUGAACCGUGCUCGAAGCUGAAGAAGGAUUUCCGGGAUGAGCAGUGCGCCGACUUCGACGGGAAGCACUUUAACAUCAACGGGCUGCCCACGAACGUGCGCUGGGUUCCCAAAUACAGCGGCAUCCUGAUGAAGGAUCGGUGCAAGUUGUUCUGCCGGGUGGCGGGAAAUACGGCGUAUUACCAGCUGCGGGAUCGCGUCAUCGACGGGACACCCUGUGGCCCUGACACAAAUGACAUCUGCGUGCAGGGCCUUUGUCGGCAAGCUGGAUGUGAUCAUGUGCUGAAUUCAAAAGCAAGAAGAGAUAAAUGUGGUGUUUGUGGUGGGGAUAAUUCUUCAUGCAAAACUGUUGCGGGCACAUUUAACACGGUGCAUUAUGGCUAUAACGUUGUGGUCCGCAUCCCAGCUGGUGCAACUAAUAUUGAUGUGCGUCAGCACAGUUACUCAGGGAAGCCAGAGGAUGACAACUACCUGGCCUUAUCUAACAGUCAAGGAGACUUUAUAUUAAAUGGAGACUUUGUCGUCAGUAUGUUUAAAAGGGAAAUCAAAGUUGGGAAUGCUGUGAUCGAAUACAGCGGAUCGGAUAAUACUAUUGAAAGGAUUAAUUCUACAGAUCGGAUUGAGCAAGAAAUAACGCUUCAGGUUUUAUCAGUGGGCAAUUUGUACAAUCCCGACGUUCGUUACACAUUUAAUAUCCCCAUUGAGGACAAACCUCAGCAGUUUUACUGGAAUGCGUAUGGCCCGUGGCAGCCCUGCAGUAAGCUCUGUCAAGGGGAACGAAAGAGGAAACCCGUGUGUACGAGAGAGUCGGAUCAGCUCACAGUGUCGGACCAGCGAUGUGACCGGAUUCCCCAGCCUGACCCCAUCACUGAGCCUUGUAGCACGGAAUGUGAAUUAAGGUGGCACAUCGCGAGGAAGAGCGAGUGCACGGCCCAGUGCGGGCUGGGGUACCGCACCCUGGAGAUCUACUGCUCCAAGUACAGCAGGCUGGAGGGGAAGAUAGAGAAGGUCGACGACCGCUUCUGCAACAGCCAGCCCAAGCCAAGCACGAGGGAGAAAUGCACUGGAGACUGUAACGUGGGAGGGUGGCGGUACUCGGCCUGGACCGAGUGCUCCAAGAGCUGUGGCGGGGGCACGCGGCGGCGACGAGCCAUGUGCGUGAACACCUACAAUGACGUCCUGGAUGACAGCAAGUGCAGUCAGCAGGAGAAGCUGACGGUGCAGCGAUGCAGUGACUUCUCGUGCCCCCAGUGGAAAACUGGUGACUGGUCCGAGUGCCUGGUCACCUGUGGAAAAGGGCACAAACACCGCCAGACCUGGUGCCAGUUUGGAGAAGAUCGGUUAAACGACAGGUUUUGCGAUCCCGAAACGAAGCCGGAGUCGGUGCAGACGUGCCAGCAGCAGGAGUGCGCUUCGUGGCAAGUGGGGCCGUGGGGCCAGUGCACGAUGACCUGUGGCCAAGGCUACCAGAUGAGAGCGGUGAAGUGUGUCGUGGGCACCUACAUGUCAGUGGUGGAUGAUAACGAGUGUAAUGCUGCAACCAGGCCAACAGAUACCCAGGACUGUGAAAUAGCAGCAUGUCCUCCCCAUCCAAAUAGUCCCGAAGCCAAGAGAUCCAUAUCAGGCAUUCACAGGACGCAGUGGAGAUUUGGAUCCUGGACACCAUGCUCCGCGACGUGCGGGAAGGGUACCCAGAUGAGAUAUGUCAGCUGUCGGGAUGAUCAGGGCUCGGUGGCUGACGAGUCAGCUUGUUUCCACCUCCCGAAGCCGUCAGCCACGGAAAUGUGCACCGUGAUGCCAUGCGGGCAGUGGAAGGCCUUGGAGUGGAGCUCUUGCUCGGUGACUUGUGGUCAAGGUAAGGCAACGCGACAAGUGAUCUGCAUCAAUUACAGUGACCAGCUGGUGGAUAGGAGUGAGUGCGAUCCAGACGACCUCCCUGCCACCGAGCAAGACUGCUCCAUGUCUCCUUGUCAUCCAAACAGCCAUGACUACGGCAGGCCCAUCCACCCUUUCCUCUAUCCGGAUCAUCGCCUGAAACUGCACCCCGGAGGCAGCCCGAACCGAAACCGUGCGCAUAUACCAGGAGGCAAUCAGUGGAGGAUUGGCCCCUGGGGUGCUUGCUCUAGCACGUGUGCGGGGGGGUUCCAGCGGCGGGUCGUGGUGUGCCAGGAUGAAAACGGAUACACCGCAAAUAACUGUGAUGAGAAAAGCAAACCCAUGGAACAGAGAUCGUGUGAAUCUGGCCCCUGUCCUCAGUGGGCUUAUGGCAACUGGGGAGAGUGCACGAAGCCAUGCGGGGCAGGGACAAGAACACGGCUGGUGGUGUGCCAGCGCCCUAAUGGAGAAAGGUUUACGGAUCUGAGCUGUGAAAUCCUUGAUAAGCCACCGGACAGAGAGCAGUGCAAUGUGCAGGACUGUCCUAGAGAUGCUGCCUGGAGCGCUGGUCCUUGGAGCUCGUGUUCUGUCUCCUGUGGAAGGGGCCAAAAGCACCGCAAUGUGUACUGUUUGUCAAAGGAAGGGAGGCAUGUAGAAGAAGAUUAUUGCAAGCACCUUGCUAAGCCCAACAUGCAAAAGAAAUGCAGAGGGGGCAGAUGUCCGAAGUGGAAAGCAGGAGAUUGGGGACAGUGCUCGGUGUCCUGCGGCCGGGGCGUCCAGCGGCGCGCCGUGCACUGCCACAGCAGCACCCCGAAGGCAGCCGAGGAGGCAGAGUGUGACCCGGCCAGCCGUCCCCCUCCGCAGCGGGACUGCCACCUCCCCGAGUGCCCCACGCACCGCUGGGCAGCCGGCGAAUGGCAAGCGUGCAUGAAGACGUGUGGGGAGGCGUCUCGGUACCGCAAGGUGGUCUGCGUGGAUGAAAACAAGCGGGUGCAGAACAGCGGCUACUGCGAUGCCAGCAAACGUCCCCCCGAAAUCGAGAGCUGCGGGCUGCCGCCCUGCGAGUACGUCUGGAUCACUGGCGAGUGGUCGGAGUGCUCCGUCACAUGUGGGAAGGGAUACAGGCAGCGCCUGGUGUCCUGCAGCGAGAUUUACACCGGGAAGGACCACUACGAGUACGGGUACCAGAACACAGUCAACUGUCCCGGCACGCAGCCGCCCAACAUCCAGCCCUGCUACCUCGGGGAGUGCCCCGUCUCAGCGUCCUGGCGCGUCGGCAACUGGGGAAGCUGCUCCGUCACCUGUGGGGUUGGAGUCAUGCACCGCUCAGUGCAGUGUUUGACGAACGAUGACCAGGUCAGCAGCUUGUGCCACGCAGAUCUGAAACCCGAAGAGAGGAGGAUGUGCCACAACGUCCACGACUGUGAAUUACCAAGGAGUUGCAAAGACGUUAAAAAUCUCAAAGGUGUCACUGAAGAUGGCGAAUAUUUCCUUCAAGUCACAGGAAAGAUGUUAAAGGUGUAUUGCUCUGGGAUGCAGACUGACAGCCCAAAGGAGUACGUGACCCUUGUAAACGGGGAUGCAGAGAACUUUUCAGAAGUGUAUGGAUACAGAUUGCAUAACCCGACUGAAUGUCCGUAUAACGGGAGCAGACGAGAAGACUGCCAGUGUAGGAAAGAUUACACAGCAGCUGGGUUUUCCACCUUCAGCAAAGUAAGGCUGGACCUCAACACUAUGCAAAUAAUAACGACCGAUUUACAGUUUGCACGGACACAUGAUGGACGACCUGUUCCUUAUGCCACUGCUGGGGACUGCUACAGUGCAGCCAAAUGCCCGCAGGGUCGCUUCAGCAUAGACCUUUAUGGGACAGGCCUGUCCUUAAUGGGAACGGCAAAGUGGCUCUCGCAAGGGAAUUACGCGGUGUCAGAAAUUCAAAAAUCUCCAGAUGGUACCAAAGUAGUAGGAAAAUGUGGCGGUUACUGCGGGAAGUGUACUCCAUCAUCUGGAACAGGCCUCGAUGUUCAGGUGUUAUAGCGAUGGUUCUCUGAGAGCAGCCAGCGGAGAUGAGACGGAUGAAGGAUAGCGAUGCAAUACCUCUGCCUUCCACUUUUUUAUCUGUUUAUGUGUGUAUAUAGAUCGCAUAUUCUUGAUGUACAGUAUAAUAUUUAUGUUUGGAAUUAUUUAUUUUGAUUUAAUAUUUUUGUACGUAAAAUCAUUAUAUUAAGGCUGCUUUUACUAUUUUUAUUUUUUAUUGUUAAAUCCUGCAGUCAAACCACUGCAUUUUGUGUACUCUACAUUAUAUGUAGCAUUAUGACAAGUGAUACUUUAUUGUCACUGUAUUCAGUUGUUUACUUUCAAUCAGUAAUUUUCCUUCAGUUAUGGGCUGCUUUGGCCCUCCACGGUGCUACACAAUCUGCAUAGGGGUAUUUUUGGCAUUUCAAUCUGUCUUUAUGUAAGGAAAAUAGACAAGAUGUGCUUAAAUUUUAUUUUUAGGGAUUAGGCCAACAGCACUCAAGGAAAACAUGACAAUGAAUACAGUGCUAGUUGCAUUAGCAAUCUUUAUCUUUUAGGUAUGUUUUGAAUUUCACAUGACCUCUGUGGCCAGUGCUAAAAGCACUGGUUUGGUGCUAACAUGGUAUUUAUUAAUGCUCUGUAGUUUUCGUUAAUCCAGUGCCUUUAUCAGUGAAAAAAGGAGGAAAACAGAAAAAAUUGUCAGGCGAUUCAAAUAAAUUGAGAUCUACCCCAGGUUUAGGAAAAUUCCUGCAGAUGGAUCUUCAGCUCGAGCCUCUUUUUUCUAGGGCUCCGAAGUGAACUCGCUGUUUAAAAAAACAUCUAUUUGUCUCCUAAUUGCAUGUGCCACUGUGCUUCCUGGCUCCAUCUGGAAGCGGGGUAUUAACUCAUCCCAGACGGGCUGAUCAAGCCAUAUGCUUCCCUGGGCUGUGUGCUGAGAAGCGCUGCAGUUUCUUACGGACAUUGUCACAGAAUCCUAACGUGAAGCCGAAAGCAUCCCUCCCGUGUUAUCUCCCCGCGGGGCCGGUGAGGACCGCAGGGUCUUGCGGCAGGGGAUGGGGGUCAGCGUGCCCAGCCAAGCCGCCCCUUCCUCUUGGCUGGGGGACUCCAUUGCAGGCACCUGCAGCCUUUCCCCAGCUUCCUACUCACUCACAGACCAUCUGCAGAGGGAGGCUUCAGCGCCGGCUCUGCCUGAUUUCAACAAGAUCACUCUGUACUUACAGAUAACUCUGCCCCCCCCUUCAAAAACAAGCUGCUUUACGCCUACUUCUGUGUUGCUUUGGAUCUUCCUGGUAAGGCAUCUGCGCUCCUUGCCUAUCCGCCAUCCCAUGUACAACCAGACCUUUAGUGUUGGCUUUUUUUUUUCUUUCUAAUAUAUAUAAAAUGAGGAGACAUCUCCCAUAGGCGCCAAACGCGGCCGUGCGAUGGCUCCCGCAUGUACAUAGCCCACCGCUUGUGGCACGCCACGUUUUCGCAGAGCUUUGUAGCACAUUGAACGGGGGUGAUGUGACCAGAUUAUUUUUGUAGUCUAUGACUAUGUCCCUUAUCUCUUACUCCACAAUUUUACUUAGCGAUAGGAAGAUGCUGCCCCUUCACCUUAUAUGUCGGGGCAGCCAGGACCACAAAGUACAAGGAAAGGAAGCUUUUCAGCACAAAAUUGCCAGCAGUUUGGAAAACCAAAGAGGCUUAUCUGCUACUUCAGAUAACUCUUUCAGUUUUGGAUGCAAAUAGUUAACAAAUGCAACCUCGGGAUCUCGUGCGAAUCUUUAGCAGAGCUCCCCAAAGGAUGUGUAAUCAGUCUGUUGCAGAACAGUUGGAUCAAUAGUGAUAAAAGAUCCCAUCCCCGGAUUCGUAACCCAGGUGGUGUUCAGCCUUCGGAGUGAAACCUGUCAGCCUGACAGUCGGGGAUCGACGCGUUCGUGUAAGCUGGGAGACAUCUCGCAGGCGAGCAGGGCUGCGUUACACUCCAGCAGCUAACGAACUGGUGCUCUACACUUACUCUGUGUGUGCCUCUGCUGCUCUUAUUAAUAGUCAGAUUUAGAGGAAAGAAUGAGACUCUUGGCCGUAAUUUGGGGGUUUUGGAUUAAUAGGGCAUAAGUAGAUAUGAUCAUAUCUUAGAAAGAUUUUUCACCUAUGUUGUAUGUCUAUGCGUAACAAUAAUAAAUUCUACCUUUCUGAGAAAAAUGCCAAAAAUACCAUUUCAAAGGUGAAAGAAAAGGGAGAAGGGAAAAAAAGGGAAAGGGAAAAAGGGAAAGGGAAAGGGGAAAAGGGAAAGAGAAAGAGGAAAAAGGGAAAGGAGUGGUAAUGGAAUAGUGAUUUUUUUUUAAUGAUAAUUGCUUAUGUGUAACUUCUGUAGGGGAAAAGGGAAAAUUGCACUAUGAACUUUAGAAAGAAACAGUGGUGCUUAGAAAGUACAGGCUUAUAUUUUCUCUAAUGAAGUGAAUGGCUAUUUAUAAAAAGAAAUAUUAUUUUGACCUGUACACAUUCAUUUCUACCAUAUAGUUUCAUAGCAGCUAUUAACAGAGCAAGAGAAACCUAAAAAAAUAUUAAAUAAACUAUAAGGGAAAAAAAUGAUAGAGCACUGAUCCUGUGGUUCAUUAAUGGGCUUCAUUAAAUAGGAAGAGACUUUGAAGACCAGAGACAUUAGACAUUUCUUGUUCAGGAAACAGCUCUGGGGUUUGUAUAUCAAUGCCAUUAUUUUUCUACAAACUGGGGGGUUUUUUGCAAGCACUUUCCUGUACAGUUUUUCUUUUCUUUCUGCUUAUACUCAAAAGGAAAUGAAAAGACCCGUCAGACACGUCUGUAUGGUCUUUCUGCAUUUGCCAUCGUAUUUCAAUACCUGUGUGCUAUUAUAGAGGCAAAAUACUUUGUACACAAGGGAAUAAUACAUUGAAUGGUA